AUGGCUAUUAUAACUUUACUGCUGUUGGGUGUUGUCGGAUCUGCAUUUUGUCAUGGCCCAUAUGGUGGUGGAGGCGGUGGAGGGUACAGUGGUGGAUAUGGCCGUGGUGGUGGUGGCGGCGGUGGUGGCAGAGGAUUUGGAUUAGGUGGUGGUGGUGGUGGACUAUUGAUAUUAGGCGGAGGAGGCGGAGGAGGAGGAGGAGGGGGAGGAAAGAAAGGUGGUCAAGUAUGGUGUACCUGUCGUAAAGGGCUGUGUUUUAAAGGAGAAUUUGUUUUGGACAAGUAUUGCAGACUAACACCCUUAUUCCGAGGGAAAUGGACUACAUGCUGUAAGGUGUUACCAAACAGUGUAACUAGUCGUAGUUCCGGAGGAGGCGGUGGUGGAGCUGGAUUCGGCGGCGGUGCAGGAAUCGGUGGCGGAGCUGUUAUCGUAGUUGGAUCUGGAGGUGGUGGAGGAGGUGGAGGAUCUGGAUAUGGAGGUGGAUCUGGAUAUGGUGGCAGAAAAGGAAGUACAUACUGA